AUGGUGCUGCUGCCAGUCGCCCUUUACUUGGGUUGGCACUGCCGAUCCCAGCUGGAAAGCAACAUCCCUUUGUUCUGGCACGAUGCUCACGCAAGCAACUUGCUUCUGAUUGUCAUGUUCUACAUGGUCGUUGUAUUCUAUCUGUUUCCAUUGCUUCUGCGUGGGUCUGCGGAGGAACUAGUUGAGAGCUUGCUUCUGAAUGUUGGUGGAUACUUUACCGUUUACCUGCCGCUGAUGGACGAGAUCUUUUUUCCGACGGUCUUGAUCACAGUCUACGCAGUCAUGGCAUCAACUUUGGUUGUAAUGGCUGGCGGCGUGCAACUCACAGCAGGAAUCAGACUUCAGCUGCUCCUCGAGCCCAUCUAUGCCGUCCUGACUCGUUAUACCGUCUUCAAACUCGACUGGGCAACGCCUCUCCAAAAGAUGCUUGAGGCAAGCCCACGGCGGCGGAGAGAGUCAUCAAGCCUCCCUCAGUUUGAAGCGUUGAUCGACAUCGCCAAAAGCCGAGAAGGGCGCCGAAGCUUGCAUAAGGUCUUGUGCAUGUACAGGCUCAGGCAGGACAAGAAGGAUACGCUCAUCGCGCAGUUCAUCUGGAUGUACCAUGCCAUGACCACCCGGCAGCUACCUCGAAAUGCGCUUCAGGCCAUCUUUCAGUUCCUCGAUUCUACGGACAGCAAUUUCGCAGCCUAUCCUUCCUCGAUCGGCUCGCCGGCAGGUGUUUCGAGCAUUGGAGGUGGUAACUCGUCUGUGACUUCGGCGAUGUCGUCGGUUGGCUUUCUUCGGCGGCGCAUCUGCGAUGCCAUCUGCCGCAUGGACUAG